GUACUGAGGCGGGCAACAUUUGAGAAUCAACAACGCACGUUCGGCAACUUUCACGCUCAAGACCGCCAUGUACAGCUUAUAUGUCGACCUACGUAUUGCAAACGAAGACAAUGCUUAGCUUCGUAUCAGACAAAUCCGAACAACCCCUUGGCCUUACUGCGACGCGCGACGAGUCGAGAGCACAGUUGCCCUCAAAGCGUAAGAGGGACUAUCUUAGCGGCCUCGGAUCUUUCACCACACCCUUCACAAUCGAACCGUACCAGGACUCUCCAUACGACAAGUCUGCCACGUUCAGGCCGAUCCGAAUUACGAGCCGUUCGCAAUUGCCGCUCAACUUCCUCGACACCAGUGUUGACGAGCAAACCCCGCCCAAUAGCCUCUUCACGGCACGGAUAGACGUUUUGGAAAAUUAUGGGGAAGCUACAGAGCAAGGGGUGGCGAGCUCAAAAGUGCUCAUCGCACAACACGAGACGAACCGAACACUGUUUGCGGUUGAGCGAGUCCAAGACCGAAUUUACAGCAUAUGCAAGCUUGCCCCGUGGUUGAAGGAAAAGGAUGUCACAUACCUUUGGGAUCCGACUAUCAUUCCGGUCUGUCUUGCAUCCGCAGAGCCCAAUGUGUCUCGUGCCACUGGAGGGCCAUGGUGGCAGCAUGCUAUAGUGGAGACACAGCCAGUCUUACGGGCAGUGAAGCGUGCGAAGAUAUCGAUGGUCCGACGGCCAGUGGAGAUAGUGCACACCAAGCAGGGGUCUCAACAGGAUUUCAGUCACACGACAACACCACCACCGAUUGGGCUGGAAGGUACUUUGUCACAUGGACUUCUCCAGGAGCCUGUCGCAGAAGUACCAACCGCACAAGAGCAGCUCGAAUCGUUGGUACAGCAGUACCUCGACGCGGUCUACACGUCGAAGACAUCAUUAGCAUAUUUCGCCAAAGGGCCCAUAACACGAAUCCGCAACACUUUCACUUCGCCUGAUGAAGGUGCGCCACCGACACAUGACCUGGUCACAUUUCUCAGGUCCAUGCUAUUGAGUCCGAAAGCUGGCGAAAAGAAGUACUAUGAGAAACUGCCAUCUGUCAUCAAGGCCAUACCUGUGGGUAUCGUCUCGGACGAGGAAGCGACCUCAAAACCCAGUAAGAUCAAGAAGUCCAAGAAGAAGACAAAGCUCAGUCGCGACGGCAUCUACCCUUUGGAGGAUGCCUUUGUCAAGAAAUGGUGGAGGUCUGAGAUGCCAAGUGCGGAGAAUGCUGGCCAGGAAACAAUCGAGACACGCAUCAGGCGGCGGAUUGGUGAUUUACGAGUUCGCGAAACGCUUGCACAAUUGAUACUCAUGCUCGAGAUCACUGCACUUGAAUCGCUGGCUACAUACAAGGGCCCUGCAGACGACGAGCAUGCGCAGGACGAGUCCCAGACGCAACCAAAGAAACGUAAAAAGAAGCUCGAUGAUAUUGCGUUGCAGUUAGAUCUGUUACUGGACAAAUUAAGCAUUUGGCACGCAACAGAAGAGGCUGGUAUUUUGGAUUUCGAUAACAAAGCAGCGAAACAGCAGGAUAACGCCAAUGGAGAUGGAAAGAGUGGCAGUGACCGGCUGCAUAGUUUCUGUGUGGAAGUGAUUGUCCCUUUCUACAUGAGUCGAUUGCCGGAGCAAGCUCUUAGCAUUAACAAGAAGCUCGGAGGGCCUGCCAUCGCAUCUACAAAACGGAAAGCGAUGAGACCGCCGCUCACCUCCAAGAAGUCCGGGGAGGCUAAAGAGCCAGAGACGAAGAGAUCCCGUCGGUCGUUGGCAAGAGUGGCCACCGACACUACCGGAAAAACUGGUGAUAGGAGACCGCCAUCUUUAGCUCGUUCUGCUACGGACACUGCGCUGCUGAGACAGCAGAGCAUCAAACGAGAAACAAGCGAAGCACCACUAUCGGCAAUACCGUUCAAACGCAGCCCCUCACGAGCCAGACAAUCCAUGUCGCAGUUGAGACAUCUUCAAGGCCGUGAAAUGGAUCUAACGGCUACUUCGGCUGCCGCCGCCGCCAAGCUGAAGCACAAAGCGCGUGUAGAGGAUGAUCUCAAAGAGGCUAUCGCUACCCUUAAAAAACCGAACCGCGACCUUGCUGCUGGCUCCUACAUGGCUGAUGUUGAAAGGCGCGGACUCGGAUCAGCAAAUCGCUCAAGAAAGCCCGCCAACCCGGUGCGAAAGGUGGUGAAGGAUGUACAAGUCACUGCGACACCUCGCGCUGCCCGGAGAACAAAGAAUGUGGUUGAACAAACUCCAGUUCACUAUCAUCAGAACCCCUUCGCUAGGCCAACUGCCACUGAGCCCGCCCCGCUGAGCGAUCUCUGCAUUCCAUCUUCGGGCGUACGUCGACCAUCCUCUGUUGUGCCGGGUACGAUUCAGCGUAGUGUAACGGUCCGAGAGCUAGCGCAGCCAGGAAUCGCCGAAACGCCAUCCAAAGCGCCCAUCACGAAGGUUUUUACUUCCGGUGCAGCUCGCAGGACGAUCUUCGCAACCCCUGUUAAGAGCGCGACACGACUUUUUCCAGAAGACCCUCACCCAACUUCAGAUGUUUUUGAGACUCCAAUCAAAGCUGCAGGCAGCCCACCGCCAGCUCAUAAGCACACGACCCCACCCAUUGUCGUAUCUACACCACUCAAGGAGGCUGUGUUAGACGUAGACGUUGCACCAAUCUCGUUCGAAACCCCAGUAAAGCGGACUGAAGAGGCUUCAAUAUAUGAUGUGUUAGGCUGGAAUGAUGACGAUGAUGACUUUGCCUGAGAGAACACAGUUGUGUCUUAAUUUUAGCAUAGCGAGCAUGGAAUGGAGUUUAUAUUGUCACGUUGCAUCAGGACUCUCUACAUCGACGUGCUGUGAGCACAGCGUGUCAUGAACGAUGUGGAGUGCCGUUGUGGUUUUGUCAGGACAUGGCAGAGGUAUGCUGCCAAUCUCGAUCUUAAGAUUAGUCUCCCAUCACAGGCAGUGGCUUAGAACUUGCUAGCAUGGCACUGUCUCUUAGAACGUAUGUUAUAGCCGUCUGAGUAA